AUGAUCGACACCCCAGGUCUCACCUCAAUCAACCAUGGUUACCACCUGGGUAUGUGGUGUUUAAUCUCGGUGGUCAAAGCGGAUCAUCGAUCGCAUAGAAGAUACUGGGUUCUGUUCAACAUUUUCUGGUCCUCAAAUACUGCUUGUCUGUCCAAUGUCAGUCAUGAUGUCAUAUACUCCGCCUACGACGAACCCGUCCUAGCCCAGCGGAUUGAGCAGGAAAAUUGA